AUGGCCAUGGCGGCCGCGGCGGGGGCUCGGGCCGUGCGCUGCGCGCUCUCGGGCGGCCCGAGGCGCUGGUACCGCACCGAGCGCGGCGUCUACGGCUACAACCCGCGGAAGGCGGCGGGCGGGCGGGCGGAGGAGCAGCGCGGCGCCGGCAGAGCAGUUGACCAUGGACUUGCUCGUUUAAUAACGGCCUAUGCUGAACAUGGCCACAAAGCAGCCAAGAUAAACCCACUGUUUGCUGGCCGAGCUGUUAUGAACAUGGUACCUGAAAUCCAAGAGCUGGCUGAAGUUCCAGGUCCUCUUGUUACUACAGGACUUCUAAACAUGGGAAAGGAGGAGGCUUCUGUAGAGGAUGUGAUGGCUUAUCUUGACCAUAUAUACUGCGGGCAUAUUUCCAUAGAAACAAGCCAGCUUCCAACUUUGGAGGAGAGAGAAUGGUUUGCUAAAAGGUUUGAAGAGCUAAAGCAAGAAGCAUUUACACCUGAAGAGAAAAAACACUUGUGCAAACUGAUGCUGGAGUCCCAGGAGUUUGAUCACUUCUUGGCCACCAAGUUUGCCACAGUGAAGCGAUAUGGUGGUGAGGGAGCAGAGAGCAUGAUGGGCUUCUUCCACGAGCUGUUCAAGAUGUGUGCGUACAGCGGGGUCACAGAUAUCAUCAUCGGAAUGCCUCAUCGGGGAAGGCUUAAUCUGCUUGCAGGCUUGCUUCAGCUUCCUCCUGAGCUCAUGUUCCGCAAGAUGCGUGGUUUGAGUGAAUUUCCAGAGAAUUCAGCAGCCAUUGGGGAUGUCCUCUCCCACCUGACAUCUUCUGUAGAUCUGGACUUUGGCUCCCACAGACCUGUGCAUGUCACCUUGCUCCCCAACCCCUCCCACUUAGAAGCCAUCAACCCAGUGGCUGUGGGCAAGACACGAGCCAGGCAACAGACUCUGCUCGAUGGUGAUUACUCCCCAGAGAGUUCUGCACAGCCUGGGGACAAAGUUAUUUGCCUGCAGGUUCAUGGCGAUGCUGCUUUCUCUGGGCAAGGGAUUGUUCCAGAAACGCUGACCCUCUCUAAUCUACCACAUUUCAGAGUUGGUGGGAGCAUCCAUUUGAUUGUUAAUAACCAGCUGGGCUAUACAACUCCUCCAGAGCGAGGAAGGUCAUCUCUGUACUGCAGUGACAUUGGUAAAAUCGUUGGCUGUGCAGUUAUCCAUGUGAAUGGGGAUGAUCCUGAGGAAGUUGUCCGUGCCACACGACUGGCUGUGGAGUACCAGCGCCAGUUCCGCAGGGAUGUCAUUGUGGACUUGCUGUGCUACAGGCAGUGGGGCCACAAUGAGCUUGAUGAGCCCUUCUUCACCAACCCUAGCAUGUACAAAAUCAUCAGAUCCCGUAAGAGUAUCCCGGACACGUAUGCAGAACACCUCAUGGCUGCUGGGCUCAUGACUGAGGCUGAAGUGGCUGAGAUAAAGACCACGUACUAUUCUAAGCUGAAUGAUCACCUUGCCAACAUGACUUCGUACAAUCCACCUCCUACCAUGCAGGGUCACUGGCAAGGCCUUGUGGAGCCUUCUGCCAGAAUCACCACCUGGGACACGGGGAUGCCUGUGCCUCUCCUGCAGUUCAUUGGAGUCAAGUCCGUGGAGGUGCCCGAAGAGCUCCAGAUGCACAGCCAUCUCCUGAAACCUAUGCACAGGGUGUAG